AUGCGGUCGGUCACGUGACGUACGGACCACGGCCCACGGCCCGGUCGAGUCACGUGUGCGGCAGGGAAAAAAAAAAAAAAAAAGUGAAGAUGGCGGCUGCCGGGGGCCUGGACGAGAGAAGCAGCCGGGAGCUGUGGACCAUCCUGCUUGGCCGCUCCGCUAUGAGAGAUCCUAUUCAAAUCAAGGCAGAGCUCGACCGCUAUGGAGAAAGAUUCCUGCAGGGAUUGUCCUUUUACAAACCACCCAGCACGAGCUCCGCAGAUAAAGUGAAGGCCAACAAGAAUUUAGCUCCUGCCCUGAAGGAGCUGGGGCAGAGGAUCAGCAAAUUUCUGGGCCUGGAUGAGGGGCAGAGCGUGCAGUUGCUGCAUUGCUAUCUCCAGGAUGAUUACAGAGGGACACAGGACUCUAUAAAGGGCGUACCCGCUGAUAAAAGGCAGAGCCAGGCACUGAUGCUGAAGAUCGCGGACUAUUACUAUGAAGAGAGAAUUUGUAUGCUGCGCUGCGUCCUGCUCCUGCUGACCUACUUCCAGGAUGAGAAGCAUCCGUACAAGAAAGAAUUCAAUGACUGCAUGGAUAUGCUGCAACGGGAGGACUUGAUGGGGAAAUAUCGCAAGCACUUUGAAGAUAUCUGCAAGGAAGAAGCUCCCACAUGGGAGACGCACGGGAACCUCAUGACUGAACGUCAGGUGUCCCGGUGGUUUGCACAGUGUCUACGGGAGCAAGCAAUGUUGCUGGAGAUCAUCUUCCUCUAUUAUGCCUACUUUGCCAUCUCCCCCUCCAACCUACUGGCACUUACCAGGCUGUUCAGAGAACAAGGUUUUGGACGCAGACAACAAAACCGUCACUUGGUUGAGCAGAGCUUAGACCCUUUAAUAGACAGAAUCGGGUAUUUUGAAGUUCUCAUCCUGUUGGAGGGAAUCGACACGGACUCUCUGCAGGACUACCUUUUCAAGGAUGACCUCGAGCAUCCAUUUACCAACGAACAGCAAUUCUGCAAGGACAUGGACAACAUCUUGUUAACAUUUGGAGAUAUCCCUCACCAUGCUCCUGUCCUUCUGGCCUGGGCUCUGCUGCGGCACACUCUGAGCCCAGAUGAAGCGGCUACAACCGUCCGGAAAAUGGGCAGUGUCGCCGUCCAGCUCCAUGUCUUCAAGUAUUUGACGAGUAUGCUGCGAGCCCUUGGUAGUGGUGAGAAUAAUUGUACAACCAGCACAGCAUGUCUAUGCGUCUACAGUCUGCUGUGUUUCGCUUUGACUUCCAUGGAAGAACAUACCCUGGGCAAACAGCAGGAUAUUAUCGAUGCAGCCUGUCAAGUGCUGACCGCCCCAAACCUCUCGGAUCUCUUUUGGAAUUCGGAUACUUCAAUAGGCCUGGGAAUUUUACUAGACAGCGUGUGCACAAUGUUCCCCUAUCAGCUCUCUCCUCUACUCCAGUUAUUUACCGCUCUUGUCUCAAACAAGUCCACGGCUAAGAAGGCCUAUAACUUCCUGGAUAAGAUGGCAUUUUACACCGAGCAUUAUAAGCACAAGCCUCAUGAUGUCAUGUCGCACGAUGAUGAGACGCUUUGGAGGAGACAGACCACCAAACUGCUGUAUGCUUUAGGAAUGGGCCAGACCAAUCUGCGUAUAUCGCCAGGAACAGUUGGUCAGGUGAUAUGUGAUGAACGCGGGUUUUUUGUGCGAUGGGAAUACUCGUACAGUAGCUGGACCCUUUUCACCUGUGAGGUUGAGAUGCUUCUUCAUGUAGUGUCCACAGCUGACGUGAUACUGCAUUGUCACAGAGUAAAGCCCAUCAUCGACCUUGUGCACAAAGUUAUGAAGACAGACCUGUCAGUCACAGACUAUCUUCUGCCCAUCACCUCUCGGAUUUACCUGCUCUUGCAGAGGUUAGCAACUGUCAUGAACCCUCCGAUGGAUUUCAUAGCCUCUUGUGUGGACUGCCUGACUGUUUUAACUACUCGAUAUCCUGGAAAGGUUUGGACAGAUUUGCACCACACAGGUUUUCUGCCCUUUGCUGCCAGCUCUUCGUCUAGUCACAUUAUCAGCACUGAAAACAUGAAUGUGGAGGAUACGGGACGCUCCUGGCGAUUGAGCAGUCCAAUGUGGGAAUAUAGUGUCACAGUCUCAUUCUCGCCUCAUUACCACGUUGGUGAAGGGUCAGCUCGGCAAUGUGCCAAGGUCAAUGGUCUUGUGCCCUGUAUUCUGUUUGUGUUGCGAGAAAUGCUUCCGAAUUACCACAGGUGGCGCUACAACUCUAACGGCGUGAGAGAAAACCUCGGAUACCUCAUCUUGAACCUGAUACAUACCAUCCUCAACCUGUGUCCGGACAUUGAUCCACAAAACAGCUCCCUAAACCUGCAGAGCCUGUGCAUCUUCAGUCUAACAAACACCGAGGCAGGUCAGGCCGUCAUUAACAUUAUGGGGAUCGGCGUGGAUGCGAUCAACGUGGUUAUGGCCUCUCAGGCUGGGAGUAGUGGAACUGAAGGACAAGGCCAGAUGUUAAUCCAGACGGUUAAAUUGGCAUUCUCCAUAACCAAUAAUGUCAUUAGGUUGAAGCCGCCAUCUAGUGGUGUGUCCCCCCUGGAGCAGGCGCUGACGCAGCAUGGAGCUCACGGGAACAACCUCAUUGCUGUUCUGGCAAAAUACAUUUACCAUAAAUACGAUGCUUCAUUGCCGCGGCUGGCUAUACAACUGCUGAAACGCCUGGCUACUGUGGCGCCCAUGUCGGUGUAUGCCUGUCUGGGAAGUGACGCAGCUGCUAUCCGGGAUGCCUUUCUCAACCGUCUGCAGUGCAGCAUAGAAGACAUGCAGAUAAAAGUCAUGAUUCUGGAGUUCCUCACGGUCGCUGUAGAGACCCAGCCAGGGCUCAUUGAACUGUUCCUGAAUUUGGAGGUGAAGGACACUAAUGGAACAAAGGAGUAUAGCCUGGGGCGGUGGAGCUGUUUGCAGGUUGUACUGGACCUAAUUGACCUCCAGCAGUCUGACCGUUUUUGGUGCACGCCUCAGCUGCACCGCUCCGCCAUUUCCUUUCUACAUGCCUUAUGGCAGGAUCGCCGUGACAGUGCAAUGACCGUCCUAAGAACCAAGCCCAAUUUCUGGGAGAACCUGACAGCUCCUCUCUUUGGGACACUCGUACCCCCCUCUGAGUCUUCAGAUCUGAGUGUACUGGAGACCUGCGCUUUCAUCAUGAGAAUUAUCUGCCUGGAGAUCUACUACGCGGUUCAGGGAUCGCUGGACAAGUCUCUGAAGAGCAUACUGGGAAAAUUCUCCAAGGAGAGACGCUUCACUUACUGGUCAAAUUAUAUGCAGUCACUGGUGCAGCGUGUAGUGGAGACGGAAGGCGGCUGCAGUUCAUUCACCGAGUACCAGAGGCUGCUGUCGGCCUGGCGCGUGCUGCUCAUCAUUUCCACCCAUUAUGCAGAUGUGAUGCACUUGACAGACAUGAAAGUAAAGCAGGCGCUCUUCCAGGACAUCUUGUCAGGAACAGAAAUCUUGUUCCAGGUCCCCAGCUCGGCGCCUUGUCUGCAGCUCGGCUUCAUGCACUGCACGUUGAUGAUGAUUUUACUGCGACGCUGGAAGAAUGAGCUCCAUUCACCUGAGGACAUUCUCAAAUCUCUGGCGAGAAUCCUAGAGGGCGUCCUGCAGGCUGAGAAACAGCAGAUGGAGAAGGCGAAAGCCCGAAUCUUCUCAGCCCUGAUCUGUGUGUUAGAAAUGAAACCGAUGAAAGCCAGCAAUAUUCCUCAGUACCAGCAGCUGGUCCUCAGUGUGUGCGAGAAUCUGCAGGAUGAGGUGAUGUCGCUCAUAGACGAAACACGUCAUGGACUGACAACUGGAGAUGGUGCAGAGGACAAGGACAGCAUGGACACUGAUGACAUGCCCAGAACGAGGCACAAAGACCAACGUGAUACGGUUUGCGUGCUGGCUUUACACUUGGCAAAAGAGCUGUGCCAGGCCGACGAAGAUGGCGACCAGUGGAUACAAGUCAUCAGGCAGCUACCCGUCCUACCCUUGCUUUUCAGCGCCCUGGAGAUCAGCCUCAGGGGCAAGCAGAACCUCCAUUUCUGUGAAGCAUCUUUCCACCUGUUGUUCACUUUGGCCAAAACACAUCAGGGUGCUGCAGCCAUAGCAGGUGCUGGCAUCACUCAGAGUAUGUGCCUGCCUCUGCUGAGUGUCUACCAGCUGAGCACCAAUGGUGCGAGCACGGUCCAGCCGCCACUGUCCUCCCGCAAAGCUGUUGACGCUCCUUCUUGGCCGGGCGUCUACCGACUGACUGUAUCUCUUAUGGAAAGGCUGCUAAAGACACUUAGAUACAACUUCCUUACAGACGCCUUAGACUUUGUAGGUGUCCACCAGGAGAGGAUAUUACAGUGCCUGAGCGCAGUACGCACCGUGCAGAGUUUAUCCUGCCUGGAAGAGGCAGAUCACACAGUCGGCUUCUUGCUGCAACUCUCCAACUUCACCAAAGAAUGGCAUUUCCAUCUUCCGCAGUUAAUGAAGGACAUUCAGGUCAGUUUAUGUUACUUGUGCCAAUCCUGCACCUCUCUGCUGUACAGCCGUAAGAUGCUGCAACAUUACUUACAGAUAAAAAGUGGAGAAGCUGUGACACAGGGUUCAACCUCUCGUGGUCAGCGCACUCCCCAAACCCCAUCCAAGCAGUCGAAGCCAGAAAGUGAGGCCCUGGAGCUGAAAGCUCUGCGCUCUGUCCAACGCAGUCUACUAAAGAUCCUCAGCAAGACGCUAGCUGCCUUGAGGGCCUUCACACCAGAUCUCUGUCAGAUACUUCAGCCUCUGGACCUGGCACAGUAUGAUCUGCUGUUGGCCCUGAACUUCAGCACGCCAGCAUUUGAUGCAGACGUUGUACCAUCAUUUGGCACUUUCCUGGCGACUGUAAAUGUGAUGCUCAACAUGCUUGGAGAGAUGGAUAAGAAGAAAGAUCCACCAUUUCCAUCUGCAGCUCCUGCAAGUCCUUCAGAGGAAAACAAGAACCUCAGGCCGCUGCUGCUGUUCAUCAUUGAGAACUGCUUUUACCUGUCCAUCUCCCAAGCUGUACGCUACCUGCGGGACCCGGCUGUGCACCCCCGGGACAAGCAGCGCAUGAAGCAGGAGCUUGGCUCUGAACUGAGCACCCUUCUCUCCAGUCUGAAUCGUUACACUCGGCGAGGGGUCCCGUCUUCUCCUGCUGUGGGUGUCCUGCCCUCGCCUCAACUGAAAGCAGGCUUUUCUGGCAAGGCAGCCCCCGAGGCACAGGAACCCAUCAUCCAGCUGGUGCAAGCCUUUAUAAGGCACGUACAAAGAUAGGAUUACUCAGAACUUUACGACAAGGUGGCGACUUGGUGUGUACAUAAAAGCCACUAUCGGCGGCCAUAAUGAACAUUCUUAAAGGUACACUGCGUCAAUGAAGAAACUGUAUAAAUACCAGCCAUUGCCAGUAACGAUGGAGGAACCGAGGGAUCCUGGUAAGAACAAGGCCAGUCAUGCUGCUACAUCUACAUCCAUGUUACUUAGCCCCCGGUUGCUGCCGCCGUGACUCCGUUAACACGCAUGCAGCUUGAUUCCAAUUGCCUGUGUGUUCCACGUUUCCUUUUUUGUACUGUUACUUUAUUAUUUCCGCCUUGUAUUUUUCUGACAUUUGUAUUUAUACCGAGAGUAAAAGCCAUUUCCAGA